AUGGAGACGAAAUCUAAGCUGCUGGACCUGGACAUCGAGGAAAUGCAGAAUCAGGAGGACCCGAGAGACUACUGCUAUGGAGGAUACCACCCUGUUCAGAUAGGGGACACACUUAACAGACGAUAUCAGGUGCUGACAAAACUGGGCUGGGGCUACUACUCUACUGUCUGGCUCUGCCUGGACCUCAGGCUUGGCCGGCGGGUGGCAGUGAAGGUGAUAAAGAGUGGGCCAGGCUUUGCCCAGGCCGCACAGGAUGAACUGACACUGCUGCGCUGUGUCUGCGGCCCCAACAGGAAGCACUCGUAUAGCCAGUGUGUGGUCCAGUUGCUGGAUGAGUUCAAACUGGCUGGGGUCAAUGGGAUUCACAUGUGCCUGGUUAUGGAACUGCUCGGUCCGGACCUGCACAGUUGGCAGGAGUGCUUUGGGAACCCGGGUCUACCGCUGCCCUGGGUCAAGCGUGUCAUACAACAGGUUCUUCAGGGCCUGGAUUACCUACAUAACCAGUGUAAAAUCAUACAUACUGACAUCAAGCCAGAAAAUAUACUGCUGUGCAUGGAGAAGCAAUCCCACAAUCACACAGAGGGAAUCACAGUGAAGAUCGCAGACCUCGGCAGCUCCUGCUGGGUGUACAAGCACUUCAGCGAUGAAAUCCAGACCCGUCAGUACCGCUCACUGGAGGUUCUGCUGGGCUCAGAGUACGGCCCGCCAGCAGACAUCUGGAGCGUGGCUUGCAUGGCUUUUGAGCUGGUCACCGGCGAACCACUGUUUGAGCCCAAAGCUGGGAAGACUUUCUCCUUGGAGGAAGACCACUUGGCUCAUAUUGUUGAACUUCUGGGAAAGAUACCAAGCUCUGUGGUUCUGUCGGGCAAAUAUUCUGCUCAGUACUUUAAUCAUAGAGGGGAUCUGAGGAGGAUUGGGGUUCUGCGGCCGUGGGGCCUUUAUGAGGUUCUUGUAGAGAAGUACCACUGUGGACUGAAAGAGGCAACUUUAUUCUCUGACUUCCUGCUGCGCAUGCUGGACUUCGUGCCAGAGAGGAGGGCGACUGCAGCCCAGUGUCUCAACCACCCCUGGAUCAACUCCUGA